AUGCCUUCGUUUCCGACCACUCCCUUGGUCCGAACAAGGGAUGAUGGCCUACAGAUCAGCUAUCCGCUCCCCCAUCGCAUCCACACGGCUAAGGGCUACCCGCUACGAGCCCCCAAUGGCUCAUCGAUCAUUGUUUACGGCUACGACACUGGAUUGAAAGUAGUCUGGAGAGGAGGAAAACGUUUCUCGGAACUGAAGUCAGCAACAGAACAAAAUCCCAAGCGCGCAGAAAACAAUGCGGACAACUCGGUCAUGAUUAUUGACUCCGACGAAGAAGGGGAGCCCGAGCCAGAAGAAGAGGAACCCGCCUUCGAAUUCAGUCUUGAGGAGAGUGAGGUUAAUCCUGCUGCUCCAUACGAAGAGAUUUUGCGACAAAUUGAUAUUCCCCUUGGAAGCCGAGUGCUAGAUGUGGCAGUGCCCCGAGUUCUUACUGAAGAAGCUCGCUCACCCCUAGACCCCUUCCCACCCAUCCUGAGAAAUACAAUCGUUGUGUCGGCCAUCUGCUCCGAUCUUUCGACUAAGGUCGUAACUCUGCCGCUUGUUCCCCCACACCCUGCGCAGACUGACUCAAAAAGCUGGAACAUCCAAACUCUCACAGUCAAUGGAGCCACAACUCAUCAAGACAUUCCGCGUGGUCUAUCUCUUACUUUCACCUGCCAUGAGUUUGAAGAAGAGCAAGACCAAAGGAAGUCACGGGGUCGCUUUGGAAGCUAUGGGAAAUGGGACCUGCUUGUAGCUACGCAUUCUGCUGAGGGUUGCGGUGCGCUCUUGCUGCACCGUAUCCCUAUUCGCGAAUCAUCGGGCUCAUUCCAUCUCUUGGAUGAAGAAAUCAUCUCUCAACGACGGCUCUUGCCUGCGCCUGCGCAGAGGAUUGCUUUCAACCCAUCAACAUGGCCAUCCAUCCGUCACGCCAACCUGCUUGUCGCAUUCCACAGUGGAUGCGUCAAGAUCUACUCAUGUUUUUCCGUCAAGAAAGCUUCGAAACCUAAACGGAGAAGCUCACUACCGCAAGAAGAUUACGAAACCAUCGACACAGAAGGUCGGUGGUUAAUCACCCUGUAUCCUGGCUUCGAGCAAGGUCCCGUAGGAAUCCCUCGACGAAAGAGGAUUAUCGAUGCGGACUGGGUGCUCGGCGGCCGAGCAGUGAUGGUACUUCUUGAGGAUGGCGAAUGGGGCGUGUGGGAUAUUGAAGGCGCCGGGCCUGGGGCUGCAAAGGGCCCACUGCACCGCCAGACAAGCAUUCAAGGUGUCACUGGCGGCUCACUAGCUUCAUAUGCAGUUAGUGGUCGUAUCAUGACUCCGCUUUCCAACAGCAACUCUGAGACGGAGCAGCGGCCCCGGUUUGCUCCCAUGACACCUUCCACCAGGCGCGUUCGCGAAGAUGGUUUGUUGAAGGGUUCUAUGAGCACAGCCAGCCCCUCCCACCGCGGCCAGAUCUCGGUUUUGCAGACGAACCCUUCAUCAGAUGCCUUGCCCGAUGAGUCGAUUCUGCUCCGUCACGGCCGCCAGAGUGCUAUAAUCACGAGUCUCCUAUCUCUUUGGCGGAACGCCGUCAAGUCCACAGGCACCUUCGAUUCCUCAAACCGCUGUCGACUAUCUCCCUUCCAAGACGUGAAUCUUAUGGGUCAGAAUUUCCAGGCAAUCGGCCACCUGCCGGCUCCAGCUCGUCAUUCUCGACAAGCUGAGAAACAAUCAUUUGAUGUACUUGUCGCAGCAGAAUCCCAGCUCACGAUCCUUGCUCCGAAAUUGAAGGAGUCUGACCAUGAAGAGAGCCAACCUGCUGUGAAGCAGGAAGACACGGACGAGAUCGACCAGUUGAUGCUCCAACGUGGCGAAUUGGAUGUGGAGGGGAUGGGUCGUCUAUUGAAUGGUAUGGCCGGCGGAAAUGCUCCUCCUCUUCGCAUGGGUAGCCCCGUGAAGCGGACUCGUGUUUUCGCCUGA